CUGUGUCCAAAAAAUACCCGGAAUCUGUCGAUUUAAAAUGCGCGGGCAAUUAUUUUUGCUGAAAUGAUUUUUUUUUAUGUUGGCAGCUCUGUUAUAGACAUCCAUGUCAAAUUUCAAGUCAUAAAUGUCAUUAGUGUUUGAAAUACGCUUGAUUUUGUAAGACGCCAAAAGUGAGUUUUUCGAUUUUUAUAAUGUCUGAAAUUAUUCAACAACGAAGUGCCAUUAAAUUUUGUUUCCUGAAUGGAAUAUCCGCUGCGGAAACGUUGAGAAUGUUGCAGAAGGCUUACGGGGACCAAGCUCCAUCAAAAACAACAACAUUUGAUUGGUAUAAAAUGUUCAAAGAAGGCAGACAACGCGUUGAAGACGAAGAGCGUCCCGGGCGACCAUCCACAUCAACUGAUGGGCAACACGUCAAUAAAAUCAAGGAAUUAGUGCUCGAAAAUUGUCGAUUAACAAUAAGAGACCUUGCUGAUGAUAUUGGCAUAUCAAAAGGAUCAGUCAAUACCAUUUUGAAGGAUGUUUUGGGCCUCAAACGCGUCAAAUCUCGAUUGGUGCCAAAAACGCUGAAUUUUUUAUGCCAAAAACGCGAGUUUUUUGCCAAAAAUUCGACUCAUAUCGUUCCGCAACCACCCUAUUCGCCUGAUUUAGCUCCAUGUGACUUCUGGCUAUUCAGCAAACUCAAAAGGCCGCUCCGGGGACACUGUUUUGACACGAUUGACCAGAUCAAAGCCGAAUCGAAGAAGGUGCUGAAGGCUAUCCCGGCCAACGACUUUUUGGGAUGCUUCGAGGAUUGGAAAAAACGUUGGCAUAAGUGCAUUGCAUCGGGAGGGGAUUACUUUGAAGGCGAUGAAAUAGAUUUAGAAGAAUAAAUAAAGAUUUUUCAUUUUAUAACACAAUUCCGGGUAUUUUUUGGACACA